ACUUGUCAGCUGAUUACCUCGAUAUUUGUUUUGUUAAAAAGGAUAUUCUGAAUAUUACCACAGAUUUAAAAUAAAUAUGACUAGCGAAAGUGGAAAACAAUAUGUUUGUGUCAAUUGCGGCAGCCCAGCACGAGAGUUGAUUAAAAAGUACAGCAAUACCAUUAAGCCGACCAAUUGUUGCAAGUGUAACCAGCUCAUUGAUAAAUAUAUCGAAGUCGAAGAAUUCAUUAUCUUGAUAGAUGCACUUCUCUUGGACUCGGCUGCGUUUCGACACAUGAUAUUCAAUGGAAAUUUUAAGUUGUAUUGGAAGAUUUCACUCGUCGUCCUUCUGCUUGAAUCGUUUGCAUUGUGUCGGCAAAAGCGAGGAGAUGGCUCAAAUACAGCCUUAUACGAGAAAGGCUUUUAUAUGUGCACAUUACAAAGCAUUGGAGAAUACCUUUUAAUAACACUGCUGCUGCUAUUUAUUAGCGCACUUCUCAAUUUACGUCAGAUGAAUAAAGUCGGACAUGAAGCGGUUACAUUAAUCAUACUUAAAGUGGUGGCCAUUUCGAAUUUCUCCAAGUUCUUCCUGCUGCCGAUAUUGGUUUGGCGUAGCAAUACAACCGAUUUUGGACAAAAAUUGCACUAUAUGCUAGUGACAGGGCACCAUCUCUGCUCCCUGAUAAUGGCUUACAGUGUCGUUGGCAUUAGCAAUAGAAAUCUGCGAUGUUUGACCGCAAUUUUGGUGAUUUUUGCAUUUGCCAUUAAGGAGUACGUCAGAUAUUUGGCAUCAUUUAAAAUAGAGUUAUAUCUAUCUUAAAUUUUUUUUUUCUUCAACGUCGUGUGAUUAUGAUAAGAAAUAUAGUAAGUGAUUAUAUAUUUAAACGUAAUUUUUAAAUGAAAAUAAAAAAAAACAGUAUUUUAAUAAAAA